AUGUGCUGCAGAAAACUUGCCCUCUUUGCUAUUUUAGCUGGAGUUCUGAUUAUUGUCGUCGGGGCAACUGACGAAAAGAUUAUCAAAUGCUGCACACGAGUCAGUAUCGCCAACGUUACCGCUCCCAUCCUCGGCUACAGGAUCCAGAGGAAGAACUUGCCCUGCAUCCGUGCUGUGAUAUUUAAGACGACAGAGGGUGAGAUCUGCAGCCACUUGAAACAGGACUGGGUGCGCAGCAAGAUUAUGGAGCUUGGGCAGAGCCACCAAGCCAAGAUGAACGCUAUUUAA